AUGAGCAUGGAUACCGACUGCAUGGAUAUCGACAGCAUCAACAUCCCUCCGCCAGAGAUCCCUGGCUCAGGACUCAACCCUCCAAAACUUCUCUCCGCGACCAAGUGCCCUAUCAACAGACUUAGCCGAGAGACCCUGUACUAUAUCUUCCGGUACCUUUGCGACGAUGUCGACUCGCUCUGCGAAGCCGCGCGUGUAUGCCACAGAUGGCAUUCCCAGGCCGAGCCCCUGAUCUACCACACGAUCACGACGGCGGUAUACGACCAACUGCCGCUACCACGUCGCUCGUUCGUGAUCUCCACGUUGCGGGAUUUCCUGGAAGAUCGCAAACGUGCAGAGGACCGCGCCAGUGUCCGAAGAAUGGUAGUCUAUUACGAAGCUGCGCAGCAACGCACACCAGUGAGCCAGACCCCAUCCCGAGGAAAAAAUUCAGCACGCAAGCCCUUGAGUCCUGUUCAAAAUAAAAACGAUGCGGAAUUCCGGGAUACCGUGGCUCACGUUUUCCACAUGCUCCAACAAUGGAAUCCUCCAAUCAAGAUUCAGCUUGACUUCGUUAUAUCUUAUACCUUGGCCCGGUCCGAUCCACUACCCUUAGGGCUAGAUGGGCUGAAUGAGCUUGAUGAACCCAAGCUGAUCACCUUUCCUACUAUUAAAUGCUGUCAAUGCCUAACAUUCGACUACAAAGACGAAGAAGAUGUCUUCCAGCCCAUUUGGGAAGCCACGCCGUUCCAUAUCGCCCAGUACUGCGAGGGCUUGACGACACUGAGAGUCAACACAGAUGCGUUUCGGCGUCAAGGUCACCAAGCCUCCUUGCCGAGUAGGCGAGAUGUCUUUGCCAAAAGCCUGGACGGUCUACCCGCCACCCUUGAGAACCUAACCGUUCGAGCCGUUGGCGUCAGCAUCCCCCACGUCCUGGAUUUAUUCGGUCCGGAUGAAGAUCCCUUCUCUUACCGAAUGCUGAACCUCAGUAUGCAACUUUAUACGCUGGAGCUGUAUAAUGUGACUCUGGCUCUGGACUUCUGGUGCCCUCUGGAUGAUAAUCACAGGGUCAAGAGAGCCCCUCCGAUCUGGCCGAACCUGAGGCGUAUAAUCUCCGUGGAUAAUUGCCUUGUUGAAGGUAGCGGGGGUCUGUCCAACUCUGCGGGUUAUCGUCCAGUCUUCUUCUCCCAUCUGAACAAAUUGCUUACUUCCCUCGGCUACGCAGUCAAGCAUAUGCCGCAACUUGACUUCAUGAAAUACGCCAUCUCUUCGGUGCCAAAACCGAUUGCUCAGUUCGUGGUCGUGAGAAAGAAUGACGGCACCGCCAAAGCGACCCUAUCCUGCAGUUGUCCAAUUGAACACCAUUGGGUAGCUCAAGAAUCCAUGGUAGCGGCAUGGGGAGCGUCUUUGGCAUUGGCUUUUCAAAGCAGCCAUGUCCUGGGGUUUCCUACAAGAGAUGUUCAAGUCGCGUAUGAUCCAUGGCCUCCGCGACCGUGA